AUGUACUCUGCAGGCUUGGAGAUCCUCGGGAUGAUCCUGGCCGUGGCCGGCUGGCUGGGGGUGAUGGUGACCUGCGGCCUGCCCAUGUGGCGGGUGGCCGCCUACAUCGGUCAGAACAUAGUCAUCUCCCAGGUGAUCUGGGAGGGCUUGUGGAUGAACUGUUCAGUGCAGAGCACGGGCCAGAUGCACUGCCGGGUGCACGACUCCAUGCUGGGGCUGCCGGUGGACCUACAGGCAGCUCGGGCUCUGGUCAUCGUCUCCAUGGUGCUGUGCAUCGUGGGCAUCGGACUGUCGGUGGCCGGUGCCAAGUGCACCAACUGCAGCCGGGAUGUGAGCAGCAAGCCGCGGCUCGUGGUGGCCGCCGGAGUGACCUUCGUGGUGGCUGGACUGCUGCUGCUGGUGGCUGUGUCCUGGACGGCACACGCCAUCGUCCUGGGCUUCUACGACCCGAUGCUGCAGGAGACGGGGAAGAGGGAGUUUGGGAAUGCUCUUUCAGACAUGCCUUCGAUAGGACUGGAGAUACUUGGAGUGACUCUGGCUGUCCUGGGAUGGAUCUUGGCCAUUGUAUCCUGCGCCUUGCCCAUGUGGAGAGUGUCGGCCUUUAUUGGGGUGAACAUCGUCACGGCGCAGACCACCUGGGAAGGCAUCUGGAUGAACUGCGUGGUCCAGAGCACGGGUCAGAUGCAGUGCAAAAUCCACGACUCCAUGUUGGCUCUAACCGCAGAUCUCCAGGCCGCCCGCGCCCUCACCAUCAUCUCCAUCUUGGUGGGCAUCGUGGGAGUCCUGGUGGCCAUGAUGGGGGCAAAAUGCACCAACUGUGUGGAUGAAGAAUCGGCCAAGGCUCGCGUGAUGAUAGCCGCCGGCGUGGCCUUCAUCGUGGCUUCUGUGACCCAGUUGAUCCCUGUGUCGUGGUCUGCCCAUACCAUCAUCAUGGAGUUCUACAGUCCCAUCAUACCCGAGGCACAGAAGAGGGAGAUCGGUGGGGCUCUGUACCUGGGCUGGGCCGCAGCUGCAUUUCUGCUCAUUGGAGGGGGCAUCCUCUGCUCCAGUUGCCCCACGCAACCUGAGAAAAGGUACCCAUCAAAGAUGAUGUACUCCCAACAAACUAGGUCGCUUGCCCCAAGUGCUUACGAUAGGAGAGACUAUGUCUGAAAAGACUGCUCAGAGAGAACUGGAGAGGACGAUCACUUUUCCUAUAACAUUUCUUUCUUCAUGUUGAGCUGGAGAAAACUCCAAUAUAUUCAUGACACAAAAUAAUGUAUGCCCUCUAGAGCAGAGCACGCAUCAAACUUGUUUUUCUGUGUUAAAUAUUUUGUUUGUAACUUUGAGGCUGCUGGAAGUACUGAUGCUAACAACUAUAUGUUCGUGAUGUGGUGUGCCCUGUGUUUUAUACAUGAUGAUCUUUUUUUUUUUCAUUAAAAAGGCCUUGU